AUGUAUGCCACUGCUUUCGAGACAAGUAGAGAUGACUUGCUUACAAGGGAUCCCGAAUUGCAAGAGAUUCACAAUGAAGUCAAUCCAAGCACGAAGCGUGUUGAUGUCAAACCACAGACGCGAUCAAGACGGCUUUGGCUUGUUAUUGUUACCUUGUUCACCUGGUGGAUACCAGAAAUUUUGCUCAAGCAUGUUGGGCGUAUGAAUCGUCCUGACGUUCGUCAAGCAUGGCGAGAAAAGGUGACAUUGUUUGCACUCAUCAUGAUACUCUGUGGAUGUGUUGUCUUUUACAUCAUAGUGCUAGGAAAGCUCGCUUGCCCGGACUUUGACGUCGUUUGGAAUGCAAAAGAGGUUUCUAGUCACACUGGCGACGACGAUUUUUACGUUGCUCUGCGUGGCAAAGUCUACGAUAUCUCUAGCUUUUGGCGUAUCCAGCAUUCUGACGGGGUUAUUCGCACCACACCAGACGUCAUGAAGGCAUUUGCUGGGCAAGAUCUGUCAGAUUACUUUCCGCCGCCUUUGCAACAGGCUUGUCCGGCACUUGUUGUGGAUGAUACCUGGUUACUGCAAAACACGACCGUCAGUGAUCCAACUGCCCUGCAUUACUCAACCCAGCCAAAGUGUCUCAAUGUCGGAAGCACUAACUCAGCACUUUGCGCUACGAAUUGGUACCUUGAUCGCUUUCUGCCUAAGAUGAAAAAGUUUGUUAAGGGAGACUUGGUCGUUACACGAAAUAAGGUACUCGCUGGCGCACAGAGUGGUGAACGUCAAUGGGCCAUUAUUGAUGGCCGCGUCUACGACUUGACAAAUUAUUUCUACACUUCGGCCUUGCUCAAUCCUACGCAUGCAGCCAUCAAACCCAACUACUACUUUCUCGAUGAUUUUGUGGAAGGGCUGUUUCAAGGAAGUGCCGGCCGAGAUGUGACGAAAGAAUUCAACAACCUCGCCAACUGGAACGCUUCAGCACGAGCAGCCAAUCUACAAUGCUUGCAAAAUGCUUUUUACUAUGGCAAAGUCGACUUCCGCCAAAGUGCAAAGUGCCAAGCCAACAACUACAUUCUGCUUUCAUUCACAGUCAUCCUAUGUACUGUCAUUGUGGUCAAGUUUCUGGCGUCUCUGCAAUUUGGUGGAGGAAGACCCGCAAGACAAAACAGGCUCGUCAUUUGCCAAAUCCCAACAUACACGGAAGGUGAAGAUCAAUUGCGCAAUGCGAUUGACUCUGUUUCCGACCUGGACUAUCCAGAUGAACUCAAGCUAUUGUUCAUUGUAUGCGAUGGCAUUCUCGUUGGCCAAGGCAAUAAGAAACCAACUUGCGAGAUUGUGCUAGACAUCCUCGGCGUCGACCAAGCAAAGAUUGAUCCUCCAGCGCUUGCUUACGAGUCAGUAUCCGAGGGCACAAAGGUGUAUAAUCGAGCAAAGACCUAUGCUGGUCUGUAUGAGCAUGAGGGUCAUGUUGUUCCAUAUCUUGUCCUUGUCAAGGUUGGCAAUGAAAAGGAGACGCAUCGUCCGGGCAAUCGAGGAAAGCGUGACAGUCAAAUUAUGCUCAUGCGCUUCCUGAAUCGAUUCCACGAAGAAAAGCCAAUGACACCCUUUGAAAUUGAGAUGGCGUACCAGAUGAGUCAAGUGAUUGGUGUCAGUCCUGGCUUGUACGAAUAUGUUCUUAUGCUGGACGCAGAUACGAAACUGGCCCCUGAUUCGCUCAAUGUCCUCAUUUCUGCUUUCCAAGCCGACGCGAAGCUCAUGGGUACAUGUGGCGAGACUGCUUUGGCCAAGAAGGAACUCAGCUGGUGGACCAUGAUCCAAGUGUAUGAGUACUACAAUUCUCAUGCACUGAGCAAGGCAUUUGAAUCGCUCUUUGGCAAUGUGACUUGUCUCCCUGGCUGUUUCUGCAUAUAUCGGAUCAAAUCUGCUCGUGGUCUGCCGUUGCUCAUCUCUGAUGAAGUGGUUGAUGGCUACUCUGAUUCCGACAUUAGCACUUUGCACAAGAAGAAUCUGCUUACGCUCGGAGAAGAUCGUUACUUGACGACUCUCAUGACCAAGCACAAUACAUCUAUGCGACUCACGUUUUGUCCUCAAGCAAAGGCGUACACAGCUGCUCCCGAGACGUGGUCUAUUCUUGUUAGUCAACGUCGUCGCUGGAUCAAUUCUACCAUCCACAACUUGUUUGAGCUCUUGUUUAUUGAUGACAUGUGCGGCUUUUGUUGCUUUUCCAUGCGUUUCGUGGUCAUCAUUGAUCUCUUCGGAACACUAAUCCUGCCGGCAACAACAGCCUACCUGGUCUACCUCAUUUACAGCGCCAGCUCUGGCAAGUCAGCGUUCCCAUUGAUUGCAAUCGUCAUGCUUGGCGCAGUAUAUGGCCUGCAAGCACUUGUGUUCUUGUUGCACAGGCAGUGGGAGCAUAUUGGCUGGAUGGUUAUCUGGAUCAUCAGCUACCCCGUUUACUCGCUCAUACUUCCGCUCUACUCCUUCUGGCACCAAGAUGAUUUCAGCUGGGGAAAUACACGCGUCGUUAUUGGCGAGAAGGGACAGCAAAUUACAUAUGGCACUGAGGAAGAGGAAGAGUUACAGCCUGGCGUGAUUACGAUGCAGCGUUGGUCCGAGUAUGCUGCGAAUGCAGGUCUCGAGGUCGAACCAGGGGCAACCAGGAUGACUACAACGAUGGACUCGCAUUCCGACGUGGAACUGCAAGACUAUAAACAAAAAAGCCUCGUGGCGUCUGCUUACAGUAUUGGUGGUUUGACUGAGCAACAGCGAAAGCAAGAGCUCCGUCAAGCAGUCUUUACCGUUUUGUGGGGAUGUGAUUUGGACCACACGACAACCAGGGACAUUGAGCGUCUUGUCAAAGGUCAAGUCGGCAACAACCUUACAGCUUUGGACAUGGAGUAUAUCGAUGAAGCAGUCGACGAGCACCUGUUGUCAUUCAACAAGCAUGAUGUCGUCUGA